UUCCCUUAUGAAAGAAGGUAUUAACACCCUAGCAUACCAAGAAGACUAAGCAAAAGUCACAUAAACAAGGUCUCACUCCCUAAACCCAUUAAGCCCAUCGCAGUAUACGUGCACCUAAUAAGGUAACCAAAAUUGCAGUGCCUCCUUGACACACGAACACGGCACACCCUUUCCCUAUCAAGACGCUCCCCUCCAAUAAAUCCACAAUAUACCCACAUAGCCGAGAAACAAGAACAACCUGCUUUGCUCAAUCUAAUUCAAUUCUCUGUCCUCAAAUAGAUUGUUAAGAAUGAGAUGGUUAGAUUUCUUGAUGCUACUAAAUUUGUUUCUUUUGAUUGUUGCGGCUGCUCCGCCAAUUCAUGCCUUCGAUUCAAGAAAGCUUGAAGAGAACACCGUGCCUGGCCCUUCUGAUGAGAAGUGUACUCCCUGUAAUUCAAGCCCUCCACCCCCACCACCACCAUCCCCAUCCCCUCCUCCGCCAGCUUUGCCACCUCCAUCUCCACCUCCGACUCCAAAGAAGCCGCCAUCAAAAUACUGCCCUCCACCUCCACCAUCCUUCAUAUACAUAACUGGUCCACCGGGGAACUUGUACCCUGUUGACAAUGAUUUUAACGAUGCCGACCGAACCUCGGCGGCGGGCCUGCCGGUUUUGAUCGGAUGUUGGUUGUUAGGCUUCUUCCUAAGACAUGUGGUUUAAGGGGCCACAAAACAAGUGCACAAAAGAUGAAGAUUCUAAGGACAGGUGAAAUAAUAUUUUCUUUUUCCAAAGAUGAAGCUUUUAGAAUCUAGUUUGGUACUUCUACUUUUAUCUCUCAAUGGUCGAAUAAUUCCAAUUCAGUCUUUUGUUAUUUUCCUUUUUACUCCUUCAAUCCCCUUUCUUUCUCUUAGUUUCAUUAAUAACAAUCUUGUUUUUGUUAGAAA